UCCGUGUGAUCAUCGUACGUUGCGUGCACUCGGAGAAUAUUUUUUAACGCGACAUUUCAACGCAGACGAAAUAUCUAACUUCUUUAAUUCUCUUUUUCACGAGUCUAAAAUUUCUAGUUGCUUUUCUCAGACCGUCAUGCCACGCUCUAUGGUGAUGCUUUUUCUGUUAACUAUAUUGCUGCUAAAUAGCCAGGAGAUUCUUGGACGAAGAGGACGAGGCAGAAGUAAAGCCAGAUCUCGAGUUCAAAUAGGAUUACCCAUCACUGGAAAGUAUCGUGAUCCAGAAAGUGAUCAAUAUUACAACAACCAUAAUGGAGCGAAGAUACUAUUAGCUUCACACUUCGAUUUGGAGUACGUCUUAGGGCACAAAAUUGCUUUCCUCUGCAUCGCACGUGGAAACCCACGGCCACACAUCACAUGGUUCAAGGAUGGUGCUGAGAUAUACACGCAUCUUUAUCUACAUGUGCAUGAAUGGCAAAUCGGAACGGAUAAAGUGAAAUCAAAGCUGGAAAUAGAUCCUGCGACACAGAUGGAUGCUGGAGUUUACGAAUGUACAGCCGAUAAUAAGUAUAGUAUUGAUCGGAGAUCCUUCAAGACUGACUUUUCCAUUGCUUUCGAUUAG